AUGGCUGCGAGUGCUCUCCCUAUCCCUAUGUUAACGGCACAGUACGGGCGGCGAACGCAACCUCGCCAUAGCGAAGGCACGAUAGAUACUAGCGAGCGUUCGAAUGACAACGGGUUCUGGAUGGACGACCACUCCAAAUCAUAUACCGUCCUACCCGUGCCUGCGCUCACGAACAUAACGAAACUUCGCCGACGUGCACGCGAUCGUGCUUCCCGUUCUGCCCUGGCGAUGUACUUCGGUUCUAUGUGCUUGAGUAUCGUCUCAGACGCAUUCACACUCGGAGGUAACGCGCCGAUGCCACCAGUGCUGAUGGCAGCUACUGUCAGUGGCGCCGUGGGAAGCGUCUUCGUCGCCGCUGCUUUGUUGUGUGAGGACGGUCACGGAGGAAGGGUGUUCAUCAUCCUGAGUAUGAUCUGUUCGGCAGUCGGAACGGUGUGUGUAGUGGCGGGCAUGCAGAAUUGGAUUGCCACAACGUCCACUGGUGUCUGCACCAUGAUGGCUAUUGGCGUAGUCCUAUCAUCGAGAGCAUCGAGAGACCAGAAGUGGAUAUACACAUGUUGA